AUGAGAGUAGAUGUUCAAUGCUGGGAAGAGGCAGAUGAGGAAGAUGAGUCUGAUUUCCGCUUAUUUGCUUCUUCUUCCACUUUAUUCCUCUUAAUGGCUCUAAUUAUUAAACAGCCACCAGAUGAACUGUUUCUCUGUGAUAUGUUUAGUCGCCGAUAUGGAAUUUCCUUGGAAUUGAGGCUCAAACUCUUCUCAUCAAGAUCAAGUUUUAUCGGUUUCUUUUUAAAAAAGUUGUCUGCAGCACUCUUCAAACGUGAAAAAAUGGAAAGCAACCUGGUAAACUUCACAGAACUCCAACCUCUCAUGGACAACUGGACUGCCAUUGUUCAAGUGAUUGAAAAGCAAAAGGUUCAGGUUUCAAGAAAUGGAAAACGCUACCAAAAGUUGGUGUUUGUUGAUAGUCAGGGUCAAACUGCUCAAGCUCUAAUUUAUGCUGGAGAUAUAAUGUUCUUCAGGAAGUACUUUGAACCAUAUCGAAGAUAUUAUGUAUCGAAUGCUAGGAUUCAAAAUGUGUUGCCAAGGUACAGUACCUACCCAAAUGAGUGCUCAUGGACCAUUGACAACUCCACGCUUGUCCAAGAAAUCGAUGAAGUGGACCCCCCUCUGAUACCUAAUGUGUUUAACUUUGCUGACUACAAUUCAGUUUAUCAGCACAUUGACACAACUGAUGAAAUAGGUACCAUUCCUGAUUUACCUUAA